CACACUUAAUAACGGGAAGAGACUUAACACGGGUAGGAACAUCCUAACAUCUCUAUAUAAAUAUGGUUUGUUAGAUGUCUGGAGCAUUAUAAACUGUCAAGACAUCUUAGGGGAAUUUCAGACAUACAUUGAGGAUCGUUUAUAAACAAGUAUAGCACAAAGUUUCAUUAUGCAGCUCAAGUUUAUGUUGCUAGCAGUCGGUGCUGUUCUACUCUGUAUCAACUUUGUAAAAGGAAGUUCCAGUGAUAGUGGCGACAGGAACGAUGGCGGGAGAUUCGGAGGUAGGCAGAACAACGGUGGAAGAUUCGGAGGGAGGCAGAACAGCGGUGGCAGGUUCGGAGGGAGACAGAACAUAGGUAGCAGCGAUAGUAGCGACAGCAGUAAUGGUGGCAGAAGGGGACAACGACCAAACCAAUGUUAUUACCAGUGUGACUACGCCCUGCACAAGUGUAAAAAUUAUCAAUGCAGACCCCUUUAUCACAGCCAGGGAUAUUAUUACUACAAGCAAUGUGUCAAUGACUGUCUAUUUGUCAAAGAAAAAUGUUAUUUCUUUUGUAAUGAGUACGGAUUCUAUCCAGGAGAUAACCAUCAAUUCUAAGUGAUUUCAUAAUCCAGUGAUUUAUAGUUAAUAUUCUCUUGUUUGGUUUAAUAAAUUGUUUAAUAAAAACAUAUCAAA